AUGGAUGGAAGUUGGAGGGACGUGAUUUUUGUUGAAAUUUGCAUCCUGCUAUUAGCAACAGGUGUUUAUUCGUUCACAAUCGACAAUUUUCAGAUGACUGCACCUGGUUAUGACAACCAGUAUGAUUUAUCAGUUAGCCAUGAUUUACAGGAUACAGUAAACUGUCUUUUGGACCCGGAUAGCGGAGAGGUAGAGAUUGUAAUGGUAGAUGAGUCGAAAACCGUUGAACGUUUCCUUGCCGUUUCACAAAACUUAAGUGCGCCUACAGUUACCUGUUUCGAUCCUUCAACGUCCAUUGCUGUGGAAGAUCAUGAGCCUAUAUACGUUGGCGAUGCAAUAGAUUGGUUUAUCGUACAAGAUGCGGCGGACAGUCACUAUCUACAAGUAGACGGCCCAGUCGUUGAUGAUGUUGUACUCACAACCUUUAUGCCGACAGGUGGUGGCGUUGAUUUAACCUUAACGUUUUUGCACUCUGGUGAACAGUUCAUCAAAACAGAUGUUUCAGAAAAUACAAACACGUUUGAACUAAGUCCUGAUCUAUUUCCUGAAUCUGGAUUGUAUGCCAUAAAAGUAGGAGCAAGCAACCCCAUUUCAGCACACUCCGUCAAUAUUGUAAUACACGUGGUUCAAGAAAUUGAUUUAAACAUGACUAGUAUAAAUCAAUACAAUACAAAUCCGCCUUACAUAAUGGCUGGGUCUCCAAUGAAUAUCACAUCAGUGCUGACAAAGGGUGACAGUGUCUUCUUUCUGUUUGUCAUCAAAAACGGACUAAACAAAAUAAUAAAUAUGAUAGGUGGCACCUGUGGUGUCAAAACUCAGGAAUAUGUAUUCAGCCAUAACAUCGAGGUAACUGAUCAAGUUUACUUUGAAUGGCAACUAUCCAACGGUGUAAGCAAUUCAAAUGGUUCGUUCGAUUUCAUUGCCUAUUACGCUGUGAAUGGAUUUAACAUCAGCGUCAGCGAUACAGUGGCUUUGUAUUCCACGGAGCUCGUUUUCACCAUAGCGGUCAAGCCAUCUGCAUUGCUAGCGAUGGGGAAUGUGCAUUGCACUCUGCAAUAUGAUAAAUCAUCUUCGGAGAAAGAACAAGUAACGUUUGACCUGACAGCUGACAGUUUCAACCUACUUCCAAACACAUCAGUGGACUAUUCUCAUUAUUAUACUGCCGGUUGGUACACAGCAAGAGUGAUGUGUUAUAACGAACUUGCAGAGGUGAUAGAUAACCCGUCAAUAACAAAUCUGGACACUGAUCUUGACAUAAUUAUUGAGAAUCCUGUCAAAAACAUUGUUCUCAAACACAACAGUACAAAUAUUUAUCAGCAUCCUUGGUCGAAACCAAUCAGAUUUGUCGUUAAACUUGUAAACGACACUGUUUUACCCAUAUACAAUGUUUCAUGUGUAAUUCAGUACGGCGAUACCGGUGUCGAACCAGUGAUUAAAGGAGAUCUCACACCAUUCAAGAAUUUGAAUUACUCACAGAGACUACCAGGCGCGGAUGCAGAAAUCACUGUGUAUGUACACUGUAGUAACCUUCUCACUUCCAAGACAAUGGAAAUAACUAUUUAUGUGUACUUUGACUGCUGGAAAACUCAAGCUUUCUUCAACGAUGUCUACAAGAACAAGUCAACAUCUAUGCUCGCAUAUACUAACGAAGAUGUCCUGCUGAAAGCAGAUAUCUGGCUAACAUUUAAUUGUGACCCUCCCAUCCAGACGUGGUGGGAAUUCUAUAAGGUUGAAGACAAUGGGACGGAGACACAAUUAUUUGAGCACAUACCCAUUAUUCCAUCCAUCGUUUAUACAAUAAAGGAGAGCACACUUCGGGACGGCAUGUACAGGAUUUACCUAACUUGCUCAUAUCCGCAGUUUAAGAGGACACCUAAACUGAAGGACAAACUAUAUAUAGAGUAUCUUCUACCGAACAUCAUACCUGUCAUUACAGAUGGAAAAGUCGAAACUAAUGUUAUACAGAUCAAGAUUGAUCAAGUGCUCGUUAUCGAUUCUAGUAAUACCACUGAUCCCGCUGGAAAACUAAGCCAUAUUCAGGAAAUUCCUGUGACUCGAAACUGGGAUUGCGUUACAGGAGAACUUUUAGAGGAUUUUCAGCUACUGGGAUAUUUCAUGUCGGGCCAAAUGCCUGUAACUGCAGACCAAGAUUGCUCGUCACUUUUGUCAUCAAACGAUGCGGUAUCCCAUACAAUGCCUGCUGAAAACCUUAUUCUGAAUCAAUGGUAUCUAUUUACAUUAACUGUAACCAGAGGAGAGAGAUCCUCACAAAAGUCCCUGGCAGUUGUUACUCGACCUCUGGAUCCGCUUCCUGUUUCAAUUAAAUGUAUACAAAACUGUUAUCCCGGUUCUUCAAAUGUUGACAAAUUGAUUGUUGAUGACCUUCAUUUAAACGUUGAACUGGAUACAGACGCUGACGUCUCUGCAGCCGUAUACACAUGGAAGUUAGAAAAGUAUGAGAACGGAGAAUUUAUAGAGGAAACUAGUGACAUCCCAAACAGAUCAACGGGUUUCCAUGUCACUAAAGAAUGGUUUAAGAACCAUUUUGACAAAGAUGUGACGACCAAGUUCCAGAUUUCAUGUACAGUAGAACUAUCGGGAUUUCAACGGUCCACUGCGUUUAGGCAGUAUGUAAUGAAUUUACCCCCGUAUGGCGGCAACUGUGUGGUAACUCGUAAUGAUACUGCUAUAGCAGGUGUCACAAUGAUUUGCUUUAAUUGCUCAAACUGGAAAGAUGAAGGUAUAAAUGAAAAAAGAGACCCAGCUAAUGACAAAGGUGGUGCCCUGAAAUACGUUUCUAUACAGAGGUUCCUAGACAGCGAUGGAAAUAUUCUACGCAACAUUCCUGGGAUAGCUAGAACACCUACAAGUAAUCUAAACCAGUGUUUCCAACUUGCAAGACUUCCAAAUGCGGACACAAAUGUUACUCGGUUGGAAGUGCAUAUAUUAGAUUCACUUACUGAGCCAUCGGCGGUCGUUGAAUUUGAUAUAGCCGCGACCAAUCCUCUCCCAGGUGUGGUAUCAGUGUCAGAAGGAUUAGUUAUGAUUGACAACUUGUUGAAGGCUAAUGAAAAAUCGCUAUUACAAGUCAGUAGUCUGAACGAUUUUCAGGGCACGGUAGAUCUUGCGUCUUCAAUUGCUUCGGUGUUGUCCGUCAAGGUAGACCUACCGCCACGGACCGUAGAACUGCAGAUUGAUGCAGACGUCGGUGGACUUAAUGAUGUUGGAGAAAAUGGUUCCUCUCCUGUAUUGGUUAGUGAAGCAAUGAAAGAAAUAGGGGAGCCGAUUUUGGACGGAACGGUUCGUGAAUUUCAGAAGACAAACAAAUUGCUAGUUACAACCAUAAAGUCUGUGAUGGCAAAAUAUGACCAAAACGAGUUCAGGGACGUUAAUAGCAACAGGCAACUUGCUUCUGCUGUCAUACAAAUAUCAAAUGGUCCGGAAGAAAAUGUAGACGAUGACACUAAGGAUGAAUUAUUGGGUAUUGUCGAAAAUAUCGUGCAGUCGAUGGAGACUUCAGACAGAGACGACCCAACAGCCAGAAAGCUUGAGGAAGAUGCCACCUUUAUGAUACAAAAUGUAGCCGCACUGGUUGUUCCUGACAUGAUCAACUUUAUGCAAACCGGGGAUUCUUUAAAAGAAAUGCGGAAGUUGGCGAAUAACUAUCAGCAAUUUGCGCCUGUGGAAACUCUGGAAGGAAAAGAGAUGGCUGACAUGACAGAGGAUGAACGGGUGUUCUUCAAUCAUGUCAAUCAAAAAGAAAUUUCCUAUGAAGUAAAGUCUAAAGUACCCACAGCCCGUCUGUUGAACGAAGCAAAGAGAAAGUACGAAAAUGACUUACUUGAUAACACGGCUUUAAGCGACGGCGCUAUCGUCACAAUCGGCGGUAACGACACCUCAUCGAUGUCUGUUACAAUAGCAAGUGAUUAUGCCAAGAAUCUCGCAACGAAACAAGUACAGAUGAAUAGGCUAACUGUGAAAGCACCUGGACUAGCUAAAAAUAAAGGAAAAGUUAAGAUUUUGGCUUCUGAUUUGUUACCUAUUUUAAACAUUGAACCAACGGGGCGCUCAGCUCAAAUGACGUCGGCCCAACAACGUUUGAUAAUCAGAUCUGCAGAGGAAGUGACCGGCACGGUGACUUUGGAACGUGAGAUUCCGGCGGUAGAGUAUGUCACUUUUGAGCCAAAUAUUGAUCCGGAAGACGCGUCGCAAUUUUCUUACUAUACUAUGUACGUGAGAAGUGCCGACGACGACAUCAAUAUAAGAAUUUUACCAGAGUCCGAGUCAGUCCUGAUGUUUAAAGUCUAUAUCGCUUUUAAUAGAGAUGUCACAAUAAUUGAUCACGAUGACACAACAGACUGCAAAGGUCCAACUUGGAUGGUUACAUUCACAUCAAAAUUGAUGAAGGAAAACAACUUUGUUAAAGGGAACAUCAAUUAUGCUAUCAAAACUGUUUUAAAAGAAGAAACAACAGCAGAAAAUGUAAACAAGAGACGAAGGCGCGAGAUAAACAACGUAAGUGCAAAUAGAAAUACGACAUCAUUUAAGCUUGCAACAACAACGUCGGCAUGUACGAUUUGGGACAAAGAUAGCGAAACUUGGAAAAGUGACGUUUGUCAGGGAACAUGGAACCCGGAUGAAAACAAACUCGUCUGUAAUUGUCCUGCCAGACGGGAGAUGACGUUUGCCAACACAUUCUAUGUUGCCCCAAAUACAAUCGACUUUUCAACAGUAUUCCUGAAGUUUUCACCCGAAGACCAAGCAGCAGUUAUAGCUGUCCUAGUCCUUGUUUUCCUAAUCUAUGUACUUGUAAUAAUUUGGGCUCGCAGGCACGACCGCAAGGACUUGUUAAAGUGGGGUGUAACUCCUCUAGCUGACAAUUUCCCGGAAGACAGUUACUUUUACGUCGUCAAAGUUUUUACGGGCAUGCGCGCCGGAGCAGGAACUCGAUCUCGUGUUAGCUUUGUUGUUGGAGGCAACGAAGUUGACACAGGAAUACGAGGUCUUUCAGAUGGUGUCAGAAAGGAUAUACCUACGGGAAGCGUCAUGAACUUUCUCAUGGCAACAAGAACUUGUUUGGGUGACCUAGAAUACCUCCGUAUAUGGCACGAUAACUCGGGCAGUGGCAAUCACGCGUCAUGGUAUCUGAGUAAGAUUGAAGUACAUGAUGUGCAGUUAAAGGAAUCGUUUGUGUUCCAAGCAGAACGUUGGCUUGCAAUUGAAAAAGAUGAUGGGUUACUUGAAUGCGUGUUCCCAGUGUCUAAAUCCGAAAACUAUAAUGUAUUCAAAAAUAGAUUUGUACUUAAUGCAAAAGAAAACUUGGCAGAGAGUCACAUGUGGAUAUCUGUGGCAUACCGUCCGCAGGCCAGUAAUUUCACACGAGUUCAACGUGCAUCAUGCGCUCUCGUGUUUAUCAUGCUGUCGAUGAUAGCCAAUGCGGUGUAUUUUCAAGCCACAAACGAAGAGAAUUAUGAUAUACCAACAGAGAUCAUUGUAGGACCUUUCCGAUUUUCUCUUCAGCAGAUCUAUGUUUCCUUGGUGACGGCACUCAUAGUAACUCCGAUGACACUUGUUGUUAUCUACUUAUUCAAGAAGUCAAAGAAGCCAAAGUUUUCGGAUGGCAAUAAAAGCAUAACUCAUUUUAGAAAAGAGGACAAAUCAAAACGUUACAAGAUACCAUUGUUUGAUGACUGGUUCGAAAGAGAACGUCUGCAAAGUCUAGAACUUGAGAAACAUCUAGUGGAAAAAGGAAAUCCAAAAAUAGAGGGAAUUACUCUGCCUGAGACGUUUCACUAUCUGGGUUGGUUUACUGUUGGUGUUACGGUACUUACAUGCGGAUUCUUUAUACUGCUGUAUAGUGCAGAAUGGGGCAAACAGAAGUCUGAGGAAUGGUUGACAACCUUCAUUCUCUCUUUCGUUGAAUCAGUAUUUUGUUUUGACCCUAUAAAGGUUGCAUUCAUGGCUCUCACGUUUGCUAUAAUAUUCCGUUCAACCAAGCAGUCUCAGGCAGAUGUUGACAGAAAGAAUAUUCUUCGUAAUUAUUCAUCGAGAAUAAAGAAAAAAUCGGGCGGCAAGCGAAAACCAGCACCUCCACUAGACCAGGAAAAACUAAAUGCUGCUAGGGAAUGGCGACUGGUCGAAUUGAUGAUGAGGAAAGCCAUGCGAGACAUUGCACUGAACAUAUUCCACGCAUGGAUCCUAUUCAGCAUUGCCUACAGUAAUCUUGACAGCCAAUCAUAUCUGUUACAUGAAGAAAUCAAAGACAAGAUUGUGGAACCAAGUAGCCAGACUCAAUUUUCUUCGAUCACCACUAUAGAUGAAUAUUUUGACUGGUUAAACAACACUGCAAUUUCCAACAUGUUCCCUGAGAAUGAGUUAACGGGUGAGCGCCUACCGUGGAGAGUAAGACAGUUCAUAAAUGAUGAAAGCAAUUUCAGAGUCGGCCCACCCAGGCUUCGUCAAAUGAGGGCAAGGAAACAGAAGCCAUGUUCGAUUCCUUACAUUGAGUCAGAAGACUGUUUGGACAAAUAUUCAGAGUCGACAGAGGACGAUAGUAGUUAUUGUAUUGGAUGGAAAAACGGUCCAUGUGAUGAUAAAGAGAGAGCUUUCCGUUUGUCAUCUAGUGCUUGGAAGUACACUUCAGCUUUUGACAUUUGGGGACUACCGAUUACUGGAGUAUAUACCACGUAUGGCGGCGGUGGGUACAUUGCAAAGCUCAGCGUGGACAGGGAAGUCAGUCAAAUAAUUGUAAAGGAGAUGUUCGAAAACUCGUGGAUUGACCGUCAAACGAGAGGGAUCUUCUUCGAAUUUACACUUUAUUGUCUUAAUUCGAACAUUUUUGUUUAUUCUGUUCUUUUGGUCGAAUUUCCAGAAACGGGUGGCGCUUUAACCUACUCUAUGGUUUUCCCUCUUCGAGUGUAUCAGCACCAAGGUCCCACUGGUCAAUACACUCUGGCCUGCGAAAUUAUUUUCCUGGUCUACCUCUUGGGUUUCACAGUUGUUGCUAUAAUAAACGUGUAUCAGCAAAGAAAAGCUUACUUUAAGGAGCCUUGGCAAGUAUAUGACCUUGUGUUUAUCAUACUGAGCUAUACAGCUGUCAUAUUCUACGUCAUCAGAAUAGUGAUGAUCAACGACAGCUUGCGAUUAUUUCUUGAAGACAAGAAAGAAUUUGUUAACUUCUAUCACGUCGCCCUUUGGAAUCUGACCUUUGUAGUUUUGCUUGGUAUUCUGUGUUUUAUGGCUACUCUCCGAAUUAUGAACUCCCUGGGUUACAACAAAAGAAUUGGCAAAACAGCUAGGAUAUUCAAAAGAGCUGGAAGAGAUUUGCUGUCCUUUGCGAUAUUCUUUAUCUGCUAUUACUUUUUCUAUGCUUUCUUUGGUUACCUCCUCUUCGGAUCAAAACUGGAACCUUAUAAGAACAUUGUUAAAACAUUGGAGACCCUAUUCCUGAGCCUACUUGGAGCAACCACUUUAACAGAGCUUGAAGAGAGUGAUCCCGUAAUGGCGAAGAUCUAUUUCAUCACGUUCAUUAUGUUCAUGGUCUAUUUUGUGAUGACGAUGUUCAUGGCAAUACUGUGUGAGGCCAUAGACGAAAUAAAUGCGGAAACAUACGCCGACAAGGAAGGCGAAGUUGUUGAUUACGUUCUGGAUAAGCUUAAGGGCUUAUUCACGUUUGGAGGACGUGCAAAACAGAAGCCUGUUGCAGACAAAGAUGAAGAUGAAGAAGAGGCAAUGAAAUAUGGACAUCUGGGUCGUCAGAUGCCAGCUUACUUCACCAACCGAUCAGUGCUGGAAUACAUUCGAGAUUCUAUGUCUGAUGCCUUGCAAGAUUACAGGAAUGAAAAAGACGAGUAUAUGGACAACUCUCCUUUGAACAAGUCCGAUACCUCCUUUGACAGAUUUUAGACAGUUUUUUGUUGUUGUUAUUAUAUUUUUAUAGAUGUUAUCUUACAAUGACCUAUAUAUUGCAUUGUUUCUAAAAACAAUUGAAACGGACACUGUAAUCUUGGUGAAGUAACGUCGAUAAACAAAUUAAAAAACAAAAGUGAGGCUAUUAGAAGUAUUUUAAAAAAGUAAAAAAGAAAAAAAAAACAUAUUUUGUAACAGUGUUGUUUGUCAGUGAGUAAAACUUUGUACAUUGUGUAUGUAAAACGCAUGACACACAAUCAAAGGGUUAUGAUGAAAGUGGAUCAUACUAACAUUCUGCAUUGAUGAACACAAACGAUACAUUGUAAAUUGCAUCAAAGAAAACUUCUAUACUUUAGUAAUUAAGAGCACAAAAACUACCAGGAUAUUUGUUUUGGCUAAUGUUACUUUAAAUUAGGUGGUAGCAUGAUACAUGAAAAUCCAUUACCCGAGCUACGGGUAUUUAUCACCGAUAAAAGUAAAUGAGCCGCGCUAUGAGAAAACCAAAAUAGUGGCUUUGCGACCAGUAUGGAUCCAGACCAGCCUGCGCAUCCGCGCAGUCUGGUCAGGAUCCAUGCUGUUCGCUAACAGUUUCUCUAAUUGCAAUAGACUUUGAAAGCGAACAGCAUGGAUCUUGACUGGAUCCGUGCUGGUCGCAAAGCCACUAUGUUGGUUUUCUCAUGGCACGGCUCAAAUAAUGUUAGAAGAAUAAAACGGGUCAUGUUUUCCUCCUACAAGUUUGCUGAUUGUUCCAGUUAUCAGUUGCAAUUCAUGAAUGUUUAAGACCAGAUGUGAGUUCGAAGCUAGGGUUAUAAUCAUACUCGUGACUGAGGAAAGAAGUCACAGAUGAAUCGAGAGAGAGAGAGAGAGAGAGAGAGAGAGAGAGGGGGGGGGGAAGUACAGAGUGCCGUUAAAGAAUGUUAUCGGAACAAGAGAUAUUGUAAUAAUAUAAUGUAUUGUCUUUAUAGCUCAUCUGUAUGAAAUAAAAUAUCAAUUACCAUUUUUACAUAAAUAAAUUGUCAUAAAAGUUUUACAUUUAACAUCUUUGAUAACUGAACUUUAUUUGCCUAAGUCGUUAAAAAUUCUCAUGUCGCUUCAAGUAAGUUUCCGUAUUAUUUCAACAAAGACAGGUUUUUAUGUAAAUAAUUACAAUUUAUAAGGUCUUAUAAUUUAAAACUGACAACAAAGGUGAAAUAUGAUAUAUUUUAAUAUUCUGCGCACUUCAUUUUGACUGUUGUAAUAUCUAUCUAAGUCAAGCGUACUGUCUACUUUACAAUUUCAUACACUUGGAUUUUUAACUUGACAAUAUCUACUAAUGUCAACAAAUUUUAUUUUAAAGCUUAUAUGAGCCGUGCCAUGGGAAAACCAACAUAGUGGGUUUGCGACCAGCAUGGAUCCAGACCAGCCUGCGCAUCCGCGCAGACUGGUCAGGAUCCAUGCUGUUCGCUUUUAACGCCUACUGCAAUUAGAGAAACCGUUAGCGAACAGCAUGGAUCCUGAACAGACUGCGCGGAUGCGCUGGCUGGUCUGGAUCCAUGCUGGUCGCAAAGCCACUAUGUUGGUUUUCCCAUGGCACGGCUCAAUUAUCAGAACUUAAAUUUUCUUCACGCUUUUAUUUCCUUGAAAAAAAAAAGGAAUAAAAGUACAUGCAAUUAUAAUAGUUUAAAAAAGAUAUUUGUUUACGAUCGAAAUAUCUCACCGAAUAAACAUUUUCACGAGCGGUUUCAACUCAGGGAAAAAAGUGAAGAUAGUGAUCACUUGUACCAGACGUUUUCCUCUUACGUGUAAGGUGGCAGGGGAGAGGGAAGGGGGCAGGGUUCUGUAAUUUUGAACCACGACUAGGAAACUAAAAAAUAUUUGUAUUUGAUAAGUUAAAAAGUAGCAGCAGCAUUUGUACUUCAAUUUGCUAUGUAGGAGUAAUGUGUGCUUCAAAAUCGUGUCAGUUUGUGAUCAUUUCAAGAAUAAAUAAACUUAUCCUUAUACCGCCUCCUCUACAAUCCAGGUGUUAUCGAUUUCUUUUUCUAUACCGCCUCCUACAAUCCAGGCAAUAUCGAUUUCUUUUCCUAUACGGCCUCCUACAAUCCAGGUGAUAUCGAUUUCACUUCGUUAUUUCCAAAAUAUUGACUACACUUGUUUGUGCUUUAAUUAUUGUGCUUUAAUUAUGAUUUAUGCACGUUUUUCUAUCAACAAAUCCUAUGGGUGCAAACCUCUAAACAGAAACGUGUCUGCAAUCCACAGACACUGUCACUUUGCUGCAGCAAACGCAUAGCUUCAUUCGAAUCUGCCUCCAAAAAAGUGACGGAAAAGCAUGGAUGUAGAUGCUGCUAAACAUUCGCAUCUGAUCUUUACAGCUACAUGCACAUACAGAUUUAUUUAAGAAUAAACUUUAAAAAACAUUAAUUUUAAUACUAUUUGAAUAGGGGUCCCCUAACACUGAAAAAGUCGACAAUUGUCAAAAUUCUAAAUUACUCCCCCGUCACCUUAAGAUUUUGUAUACUCUUUUUUAACCUUCAUGCUGUUAUAUUUUGCAAAUUUGUUCUAUUUUCGUUGUAAUAAAAGGAAAGAAGAAACUCUU